AUGGCACUUCGUUUAGGACCACUUUUGGCUCUUGCCUCUUCCUUUACCAUCGCCGUCACGGCAACGAAUCCACCUGUUCAAGAGCACUCGUGGUACAAGGACUACUACCCAUCACCAGAAGAGUACUGCUUCAAUGGCUGCUACGCAAAUGUCGACUACAUCACGUACAAUGUCACCCUGCCGGAUCCCACCAUGCUUGAUUACUACCUCAACGAGUGCAGUAACGAUCUCAAGAUCAAGUCGAUGUUCUACUGCGCUCAGAAGUACUGCACACGAGCGGGAUCCAUCAAGGGUCGAGCGAAGCUGAACUCGGAAUGUGAGGAGAAUGCUGGCGUUUCCCUCCCGACUAUCGAAGCGUCCCUCCUCUCGGAUGUAGACCUGGCCAACGUCAUGGUGCUGAACUCCACCGCCGCCCUUGCGACCGCUGAAGCGCCACGUACCACCAAGGAGUUUUACCUCAACUGGGAUCCGAGCUUCGACUUCAGCUUCGCUCUCAUCGGCUUCUGGGCUUUCGUAAUAGCGGUCGGCAUAGUUCACCGCACCGCCCAGUUUAUGAAGAAACCCUCGGAGGGUCGACAGCCAAGCUGGUGGCUUUGGGUCCGUAAGACGCUCACACUUCCUGCGACAUUCGGCAAGAAGCAGGCAGAGGGUGUCGCGUACCUGUAUACCAUUCCACCACGCCUUGAGAGCAUUAUCCUAGGGCUCUACAUCAUCAUGAACUUUGUGAUGUGCUUCCCGGGCUACAACUUAUUCGUUGGCAACCAAUACUAUGCUUCCAACAAGUUGCAGCUUGCGCGAUACAUCGCUGAUCGCACCGGCUUUUUGUCGAUUGCCCAACUGCCCAUGGUAUGGGUCUUCGCCGCUCGUAAUGAUCCCUUCAUGUGGCUCACGGGCUGGUCUUUCGCGACCUACAACCGCUUUCACCGCUGGAUCGCCAGGAUCUCAGUCGUUCACGCCGUCGUUCACUCAAUCGCAUACACUGCGUUCGACUUCUACUCCGGAGGGGCCGCAUCUUACAACGCCAGCUGGAAAGAGGAGUACUGGUAUGCCGGAGGCAUUGCGACUGUCGUCAUGUCGCUCAUGCUCGUUGCCUCGGCGUACUACUUCCGCGAACGAUACUACGACCUCUUCCUAAUGAUCCACAUUGGUAUGUCGCUGGUGUUCUUCGUCACGCUCUGGUGCCAUGUGCGCAUCUUUGGUGGCGAGUUCAACUAUUAUCUCUACCCUUGCAUUGCUAUUUGGGGCCUGGACCGCAUCUUACGCGUUGGGCGUGUCGUCUUCGUGUCGGUCAUGCCUCGUCUGACAAAGGGCGUGCGCGCUACUGUCACAUACCACCGCACCACUGAGAUGGUCCGCAUGGAUCUCACUGACUUCUUCCCCAACAAGAAGGUAGUACCGGGACUGUACUACUAUCUCUACACAAAGGGUCUCCGUGGCUAUGAAAGUCAUCCCUUCACACUGUGCUCCUGGCACCACAUCGCAGGAUCUCUGUCUCGCUCCAGGAUCGAGGCUGAGGUAGCGCCGGAUUAUCGUGGCUCGAUCAGCGCGAUUCCCUCCACCAUGAAUAAUGGCGAAGGCUCUCCAAUAUCCUCACUCGCAGAGAAACAGUUCAAGACCAACGUCCGACCGGCUUCAGAGGAUCUCUCGCCAGCCGAAGUGGCCCACACAUUUCUAAUUCGUCCUUAUAAGGGCAUGACCGGCCGCCUGCAAAAGAAGCUGCUUGGCCACGACGAGUCCGUCGCUUCUACACAAGAGACUGUCUUCCUGGAGGGUCCGUAUGGCGAGAAGCUUGACCUCUCGGGUUACUCUGACGUUCUCGUGGUCUGCGGUGGCAGUGGCAUUACUGCCGCCAUCUCGCACUCGAACUUUCUCAUGACGGAGAACUCGACGACCACGCUCCACAUUGUAUGGGCUGUUCCUCAACGCCACCUGCCAAACGACAUCUGCGCCAACGAGCUCGCUGCUUGCAUUCAUACUGACCGUGUCAGGAUGGAAGUUUACCUCACUAGUGCAGCUGAAGAAGAGGCCCAGCACGAUCCUACGAAGUUGCCACCGCAGCCGCCUUACGCCAUCAAAUAUGGCCGACCGGACGUGCAGAUGGUCAUGAGGAAGUACAGGCCAUUGGCGAGGAAGAGUAUGGCUGUGGUCACUUGCGGCACGCCGCAGUUCGCUGAUGAUUGUCGCCAAGCUGUGGUGCGGAUCUUGGAUGAGGACGGAGUUGAUGUGGGUUACUACAACGAGACUAUGGUGUGGUAG